UUGAGACAACGAGAAGAAAGUCUGCACGCGAAUGGCGUCUUCGCGGGCAAAAACCCUCGCUGAUGAAAACAAACUGCACAGGUAUUCUCGACGUGGGCGCUACGACAAGGUCAAAGCGUUCAUCAGAGAACAUCGCACUGACAUGGCAAAACACCUCAGUCGGAGAGUUGGAGUCUACGGCUACACUCCACUUCAUGAAGCAAGUGUAAACGGCCACGACAACGUGUUGCAGGAGUUACUACAAGAGAAAGGCGAUCCUAACGUGAAGUCUAAUACGGGAUAUACGCCCUUGCACAGUGCAGCAUCUGGCGGGCACACGAAAUGUGUUCGAGCUUUAUUGGACAGCGGUGCCGAUAUCAGUCUGAAGGAUGACUUUGGCAGGACGGCACUGGACACGGCUCAAUUAUGCAAGCAUGCAGAAGUAGUCAAACUGAUCAAGACCAAACAAAUUCUAGAUCUUGCUAGAGAUUUGAAAAAUGGAGAUCAAGAGAAGCUGAAAGAGUUUGGGAGAAUGCUGUACGAAACAACUGCAACAGAUGUUGAACCAGAUUGCUUUAAUGAUGCACUCAUGAUCUGUGUCGAACAAGGCAACUUGGAAGCAGUUGCUAAGGUGCUACUCAAGGGAGCAACUGACUGGAGUAAGUUCAUUGACUAUUCUAUGGAACAUCAACAAUACAAGGUAGCAAGCUUGCUCUACCUUUGCCAUGCUGCAGAAGAAAACCACUUGGCAACAAUCAAAGAGCUGUUCAGGCCUUCAGACAAAACAUCAAAACAAACAGCAGAUGAGUUGCAAGCAGUCAAGGAUGUCCUGUGUGAGAAUGGGCUUCAAACUGUUGCCCAUGUGCCAAUCAAAUUUGGAAUGAGGAAGAAGAACUACACAGCUGUGUAUGAGCUCUUGCUUAGAACGGAUUGUAGCAAGGAAGAGGGCCACGCUGACUGGCAUGGAUUGGCACUCAGGCUAGUUGACCCACAGUGGCUCGUAGCGAUGGCAUCAUGGGUGAAGAAACUCUCUUUGAUGUCCAAUUUUCUUCAUGUUAUUCCCAAGGAAGUGGGUAAGCUUGUACACUUGCAGAGGCUAAACUUGGCACACAAUGAUUUAGAAACAAUUCCAUCCGAACUUGUUCUACUGCCUCAAUUAAAGAGCCUUACAUUAGCCCAUAAUCGGUUAGGUGAGCUACCUGAUCAGGGUGAGUGGUCUUCAUCACUCUGUGUUCUUAAUCUAAACAACAACCUCUUGAAGGAUCUUCCAAAGAGCAUGCGAACUACAUCCCUUAAGCAACUUCGCGUUGCUCACAAUCCAUUGCCUGAGUUACCACAUGCUAUCUGCUUGUGUGAAGGCUUGGAAAGUCUCGAUAUUAGUGAAACACAUAUUGCAUUUCUCCCAAAUGAAAUGGGGAGACUAACUAGUCUGUCUGAACUGAAGACAGAAGGUCUUGAUAUCACUGAUCCUGGUUCAUCAGUGAUGAAGACACCAAAAGAUUGUGUCAGAUAUCUGAGACAACGGCUAAGAGGAAGUGAACCGUAUUACAAAAUGAAAAUGAUGAUUGUUGGCUAUGCAAAUCGCGGCAAGUCAACUCUUGUUGCUCGACUCCAAGGUGUCGACAUUGGUAAUCUGGCUACUGUAGGUAUAGAUCUUACUGAAUGGAGCUAUUCCCCUUCCAUGUUGAGCAAACAGAAGUUCACAUUUCAGAUUUGGGAUUUUGGGGGCCAAAAAGAAUAUUAUGCCACUCACCAAUGUUUUUUGUCUACUCGGUCUCUGUAUAUUGUAGUAUGGAGGGUUAUUGAUGGCGAAGCUGGUAUUGAAGAACUGAAAAUGUGGCUUGACAACAUUGCUGCACGGGCACCACAAUCACCAGUUCUCAUAGUUGGAACUUUCUUGGACAAACUUUCCAGGGAGCAGAGGCAAAGCAAGUUUAGUGAGCAUCUUCAGGAUAAGGUCAUUGAAAUGGUCACUCACACUCCACGUUAUAGAAAUGUGCAGGUUAAGGCAGUUGUCAAUGUCAGCUGUGCAAAGGAGAGUCGUGAAAAUAUUGAUUAUCUGAAGACAGCUAUCUAUGAUGCAGCCUCAGAAGCAAAAGUUGGCAAAGAGAAGAUAAUGGGAGUGCUCGUUCCAGCCAGCUACUUAGCUCUAGACAGACAACUGAAUAAAAAGCGACUCCAACUACAACAAAAGGGUGACCCUCCUAUCAAAUGGAAGCAAGAGCUUCGUGAUAUCAUACAGCAAACUCGCGCAGCAUCAGAUAUUGAUAACGAUGAUGAACUUGACCUUGCUGCACGUUUCUUACAUGAAAUUGGCACCUUGCUACACUUUGAUGAUGCAAGUGGCAGGCUUUCUGAUCUCUAUUUCAUUGAUCCACGGUGGUUGUGUGAUAUGAUGGCUAUCAUUGUAACAGUUCGAGAGAGGAACCCAUACAUUCGUAAUGGCAUUCUCAAGAUGUCAGCACUUCCUCAUUUAUUUAAAGGCAAAAGAUUUCCUUCCUCACUUUUUCCAGAAUAUGUUCAAUUGCUCAACCGAUUUGAAAUUGCUCUGCCAUUGGAUCAAAACCAUAUUCUCAUUCCUUCAAUGCUACCUGACAGCCCAUCAGCAGAAGUUCCAGUCAUUGCUUCUUCGGCUCCAGUUUUGCGUAGGCAGCAUUCAAUGAUUUACAUUCCUCCUGGCUUUUGGAGUCGACUCAUUUCUCGCCUUUUGCUGUUUAUCAAGGAAAUUUCACAUUUUCUACCAGCAAGUGGUGAUGAAAGCGAUUUGGUUUCAACAACAGAUGAAAACACAAGAUGUUUGUCUUCAGUGGAUUCCUUAAGUGACGAAACAGAUCAUGACACAAAUGCCACUACACCAUCAGACUCCUCUUUAAAUCAACUUUCUGGAAACUAUGAGGAACUGUCUAAAUCCAAUGAUUCAGAAAAGGAUGAAACUUCUGUUUCUUGUUUAACUCAUAAGAUUUCAACAUCUAGUUUGGACUCAGAUGUAAUAAACAUGACAUCUAUAGCAAUAACUGAAACCAUAACAUCAACAAUUUUUGAAGACUCAGCAGCACCGCUGAAUGUUGCUAAUGUAGAUGUUCCUAAUGCAACAGUCUUUCCUGAACCUACUGAAGACAAUGAAUGGGAACUGCUAUUUUCUGAGGAUCACUUUGGUAGUGACAUUGCAGGACAUUCUUCUUUUUCUCUUGAACAGAAGAGAGACCAGCCACAAGUCCAAACAGUGUCUCAUUCCUCGCCUGUUCAGUUACACCUCAAUAGUCUACGACAACGCAAAGUAUGUGACCUUAUAGCCAGAAUGUCAGCUGACCAAUUUGCUGUCCUCAAGAAACACAAAGUAUUCUAUUGGAAAACAGGAUUUUGUUUUAGCCAUCCUCAUUUAUUUUUUAUGGUUCAACAGUAUGACAGUGACAGUUAUGGUAGAAAAGGGAUAGAGACAAUUACAUCUGCUGGCCUAAAUGGCUGCAGAACUCUAAGUCGUCUUGUUGACCAAAUCAACAAUCUAAUUCAUGAUUGGUUUCCUGGACUUCUUGGUGAUGAUGGCCGGCUGAAGUCUGUCAUUCAGUUAUGUCCUUGUAUUGAGUGUUUUCGGCAUGGUGUAGACAAACCACAUAUCUUUCCCUUUGAGCCGCAGCUCGUUGAAGCAGUGAUGCUAGGAACAGAAGAGACUGUCGAAUGUGAGAAACACGUACUUCCAACAAAAUUAUGUGAAUUAGUUCCUGAUUUGCUUCUUAUCGACUUGGAUCGCGAGUUUGUUCUCUCUUUUGAUGAAAUACUUUGUCCUGAAUCUGACGAAGUCAAACUGGGACAAGGUGGAUUUGGUGCUGUCUUCUUAGGAGAAUGCAGAGGCCAGCAAGUAGCAAUUAAGACUUACUUUGAUCAGUCAGGAUGUGAUCCAGUUAAGCCACUGAGUGAGCUACGUCAAGAAGUUGCUGUUUUACAGAUAAUCAGUCAUCCUAAUCUAGUUGGUAUGGUUGGUGUUUGUUUGAAACCAAUUCGCCUUGUAUUAGAAUUGGCACCGUUAGGAGCUCUGGACACUUACCUGAAAGGAAAACAGCCUCUUUCCCGGAUUCUUAUUCACAGAGUGGCAGGACAAGUUGGGGCUGCAUUAGCCCAUCUUCACAACCAGCUGAUUAUAUUUCGCGACUUGAAGGCCGCCAAUGUCCUUGUCUGGUCGCUUGAUCCUAGUGAUGCAAUCAAUGUAAAACUGACUGAUUAUGGUAUUGCAACAGUUGCUUCUCCAACAGGCCUUAAAGGAUUUGAAGGAACAAAAGGUUUUCAGGCACCAGAAAUGCUACGAUUCUCAGGAACAGAGGAAUACACGUGCAUGGUAGAUAUAUAUGCAUUUGCCAUGUUUCUUUAUCAGCUAAUUGCUCGUCGUUCACCAUUUCAUUCUCUUGGAGAAGCACAUAUCACUCCAGCUGUUUUAAAAGGCCGGCGCCCAGCCUUACGCGACGUCAGUGUCAGCAAAUGUGGAUUCCUUUAUCUCACUGGUCUGAUGAGGCAGUGUUGGGUUGAAAAUCCACGAUCUCGUGUUCCAGCUGAAGACAUUCCCAACCUCGUCCACAGGUCAGAGUUUCAGUGCACUUUAGGUGCUGUGAAUAUUCCCAGUACAUCCUCAUUAAUUCACCAUGCCUGUCUUGUUGACACAACACAGCAGCUGUGGAUAUCUGUGGUUUCUGGUAAGGAUGUCAUUCUUCAUGUUUAUGAAUUGUCCAAUCUGGCUGAGCCUAUGACAUCUCUGGUGAUUAGUAAUGUCAUGUGCUUGACAAUAAUUAGCAAUGAUUCAAUUGUAUAUGUUGCUGUUUCAGCACUGAAUCAAACCUGCUGUAUACACUGUUAUCGGAGUAUUAAAGAUGUUGAGCCUAAACAGCUGGAAACAAUUCAAGAAACUGAGAUGGUCACAGCAAUGCUUCCACUAGACAAUCAACUUGCUGUUUGCAGGCAGAAUGGAAUAAUUCGUAUUUACUCUUCUAAUGAUAGCAAGGGAUCACAUAAUAGCAGUGAUUUUCAAGAAGCUGAUGUUGCCUUUUCUUACCCAGUUGUUUCAAUUGUGCAAACACUUGGAAAAGUAUGGUGUGCAAGUAAACGAUAUAUCUAUACACUAGAUGAGGAGUGGUCACUGGAUGGUUUGUGGACUCACCAAACCAUAGAGAACUCUAUUGCAUCUCUACAUGUGAGUAGUGAUGAGGAAACUGUGUGGUGCACUUACAGUGGUAGACCAUGUUUGUCAUGCUGGAAUGCACAUUCUAAAGGUGUUCUUGUAAGGGACCUGCAACUACACUCAGUUCUGAGUAGUGUGCAAGUCACUGAAUUGAAUUCAGUGGCUAUUGCGUGUAUCACUGUAGUCUUGGACACAAUUUGGAUAGCGAGCCGCUCAGGUCAUUUGUUCAUAGUUGACAGCAAGUCUGACAAGCUGAUUCACUUCUUUUAUCCAUAUCGUGGAGAUAUCGGUAUUCUUCUCAGCUCAACAGGCUGCAGUCCAUGUGGAACAGAAAAAGGUCUUGUAGUUUCUUGUGGUCGCUCCUGGAAACCGCACAAUCUAAUGGGAGAGGUGAUGCUACCUAGAAACCUCGUUUGUGACCAGCCGGAAACAACAAACACAGUUGUACUGUGGGAAAGUUUACAUGCUGAAGAACUACACAACGUUGUUCAACUAGAACAGAAAUUAGGAAGUCCAACUUCAGCCAAACAACAGUUUGUACAAAAUGCAGCAGGAUAUGCAGAAACAUUCGAGUGGCUGAACAGCACCGAAGGCAAACUCACAAGACAACCGACUUGUAGUUAGGUAAGUUCCUAUAAACAUUGCUAGCAGCUUCUGUCACAAGAGUGUACACUGUUCAUAACACAGUACAUUACUAACAGUACUGUAUAGCAAGCCGAAUGACUGAGUUUUGUACAUAAAGUAAAGUAGCUGUUCUAUUGAGAGUAAUAUAGUGCUUGUAAUCACA